CGACAAAGCACCCGAAGCCCGCCGACGACUAUGACCGACGUCCACCCACUGGCGGUGCACAAGCCCGAGCGGUACCUGCCCAGCGCACACGACGUCGCUACACCGGCACCGUAUAUGAGUAACGAGCCCGAGCCCCAGGACGACGACGAGACCUUCCUCAUGCUGCAAAAGCUCUUUGUGGCGGCGAACUGCCGCGCGGCCAGCACGACGCCGCAGUCGAACCUGUACUCGCGCGAUGAAAUCCUCGAGCGGCGGCGACGCCAGCGCGAGACGCGCCGCAACUCGCUCUACGAGGGCGGCGUCCACGAAGAGGCGUCGACGUCGAUGGUCGAGCGACGCAUCCGGUCGCGUGUGGUCCACGGCAGCUUUCGCCUCGCCCAGGUCGACCUCAUGUCCCACGAUCGCUGGGCCCUCGAGGACCCGAUGGGCCGCCUGCACCCGAUCGUGACGCGGACGAAGAAAGGGCGUCUGCGCUCGACGGUCGACAACCCCAAGAUCGACGUCGUCAUGACCAACGAGCACCGCGCGCUGCAGGACAGUGUGAUGCAAAAUCUCCUCACGACCAACGGGUCGGCCGCCCACGUGCUCCACGCCCCCAAAGCCACGUGGUACAUUCGUGGCAAAGACAUCUAA